GAAUAAUUCCCACCGCUUACCACUGCAGUGGACGGGCUCAGGCAAGGUUCACAAAGGGGGCGUGCGUGCGGUGCGGCGCUGGUCAAACCAUAUAUCAUUCACGGGUCAACCCUCUUUCAGAACUCUUUCAGUCUAGCAUUUCACUUCUUCUGAUGAUCAGAAAAUCUGUCGUCCCAGGAAACUAUUUAAUAAAUAGCCAGCUCUUGUGUCGACUUGUCAUCACCAUCACCAACACCAUCACCAGCAUCACCAGCUUUCGACUCACACCAAGCCUGUAUCGCACCGCACCCACACAGCCCAGUACCGCACAGCCCAACGCAGCCGAUACUCGCACAAUAGCAGUACACACGCACAGCACACACACACGUGGAACACACACCCAACUUCGCAUCGCGCGCUCCCGCAGCCCAAAGCACGCGCUGAGCCUUACCGCAGCCGAGGAACCCGCCCGCCCGCCUGCCAAACCGUCGUCAUACCCGGCGUCGCGCAUCCAGUCAUCCGCGCUGCUCCGGCCCGUUUUCUAUUAUUGACAAGGGCCUCGUACAAAAUAACCACCCUCGCACCUCGUUUUCAGCCCUUUCUUCGAACAUUCACCACCCUUCUUCCGCCGUUCCAUUUUAGUACUUGUUCCGAUGCCAUCGCACCACCGCUGCCUAUAAAGAAUCUUUUGGCCCCGAGUGCACUACCACUACAACCACCACUACCGGCUUACACGCUAUAACAUCACCAACCUACUUACACUUACACACACCACAACACCAACCACAACCACCCGUCAUGUACGGUUCAUACGGCUCGUACAGCUCCAUGAGCGCUAGAUCCGCUCCCAUCGACAUCAUCUCCUCCUCUCGUGGCCGCGACCACUCCUGCGCAUUCCCAUCCUGGCCUCGCCGCGCAUCGCUCAGCGAGUCCGAUGCCCAGGAGCCCCCUCGCGCAACAUCCUACCUUUCUGACGACGACCUCCUCUUCAGCUGCGACGACGCCGUCAUGUCUUCUUCUGAGGACGAGACCAACAGCAUCGCUUCCACCUCCUCGUCUACCUCCUCUUCGCCCGCCAACUUCCUCAACUUCCCUGCCGCGCCUGUCGUCGAGGUUGCCCUCUCCGACUUUGACCUUCAGCGACAACGGCUCGAGAAGCUCGAGGCUCAGAACCAGGCUCUCCGCGAGCGUGAGCGCCGCAAGAUGGUCUACAAGCAGCAGCGCCGCAUGGCCGCGAUGGCUGCCAAGAAGUACAAGAACUUGGCUUCUAUGGCUCCCAUUGCCGAGUAAAAUCUCACUCGCCUACAAAUCAUCACCAGCUUCACUAGUUGGCUGACUGCUUGUACUAUACCUGUUUUUACUACAUGUACCACCAUCACGUCACGACUUGAGCAUUUACAGCGCGGCAUCACACUUUCUACCUACAUCUUAUUCACUUUCACCUGAUACCCCCAUUUUUCUUCUACCAAUACUACCUUUUUGGUUUUCCUUUUCUUUCCGCCAAAGCGACAAGACAGGAAACUGUCGGAAUCUCUUCUGCAGGUAGCUAGCCAGUUUUCUUCCGCACCGCCGGGAGCUAGCUGGCUGCCUAGCAUCGCGCGCGCAAGCCAAACCCUGCGAAAACAAAAAAAAACAGCCCUUUUUGCGACUACUGCUGCCCUAUCGGGCCUGGUCGGAAGCUUAUGCAAGCCGAGGAGGGCGAUCGCGCGGGGAAAUGGCAGUGUGCACACACGCACGCGCAGGCGUGUGAGUGCCCAUCUUGCACAUGCCGAUGGCCCAUCACAUGUGACUCCAUCACAAGCUUUCCACAUGGCCACAAGGCAACCUUCACUAACCAAAGCCUAUUUUGCGGCUUUGUUUUGUGUUGGGAGCUUUGUUUCAUGUUGGGCAUUUUUAUUUUUUCGAAGCUUAACCGAAAAAAAGAGUGCGCAUGCAUCUUUUUCGGUUUUAUUACCGAUCGCAACCACAUGCAUUUGCAUGGUGGCAGCCACUUACACGGCUUCAUGGCAUCGACUUACUUUUGUUACGGCCUCGACUGAUUCUUCUUUUCUUUUUAUUUUCUUUUUUUCACAUGUUCCACUUUGUACUACAUGCAUAGCGAUCAACCGCAUAGUUCUCUUUUUUCUUGUUCUCUUGCACAGCAUAGCACAGCAUCAGCGCAGCAUUUUUCAUUCGUCUUCCCCUUUUUCUUACUGCAUAAGCAUUUCAUGCAUAAUGAUGGAUAAUUGGUUAUCCAGCUUCGACUGGAAUAGAACACUUUCUUCUUGAGAUACCCCCAGCUUGCCAUCGACUCAUAGUCGGUGCAUUUUUUUGUUUCUUUCUAGAUAGCACUUCAGCAUAGAUUCCCUAAUGUGGUACAUAAUCACUUGAACUUCACCAACACUAGUUCCUCUCUCUCUCAUUUUGUGAUUCCUGCUACUCUAGAUUCAUAAACCAUUGUGAUUCCUCGCUGCGGAAGCAUUGCCGGCCGCAAUUAC